AGCUCUGGUGCAACCUGAUUGGGUAUCAAAAAUGUAUAAAACAGAACUAAUGCUAAUUAAAAUAUUUUAAUAAUUUCUGCAAAUGAAGGCUAACUUCCUGUUUCGGUGAUAAAAGAAGAAGCAGCGGCAUAAAACUGAUAUUCAAGUUGACCACUUGUUAAUUUUCCUCAUAUGUUUACAGCCAAUCUGCUCAAACACAGAAAUGACACACACUCUAUUACUGUUUGUGUGUGUUUGUGUGUGUAUGGGGUGUGUAGUAUCACACACCCGUUUUGUUUGAUUGAUCUGAAAUGAAUGAAAACUGCUACAGCUGAUUCUGAAUCAGAUUAACUGUGUGUGUGUGUGUGUGUGUGUGUGUGUGUGUGUGUGUGUGUGUGUGUGUGUGUGAGUGCGUGAGUGCGUGAGUGCGUGCGUGCGUGCGUAUGUGUGACAGCGUUUUAGGGGAGGAGCCUGUGGCGGCAGAAGGUUCAUUGUCUACACAGGGAGGGUUGAGUCAGCUCCAAAAGGACUACAGCUGUGAGGGAGAGAGAGACAAAGGGGGAGAGCGACUCUCUUUCUUUCUUUAUGUGGGGGAGGUGAUGGGGAGGAUUAACCGGCUGAUUUGUGACACGCGCUAUUAGAACGAGGAUAUUUAAUAAUAACAGAAACAGUUGCAGAACGGGGCUUUAUCUGGCAUCAGCAUCUUCAUCAUCGUCGACAGACAAAGAGGUUGACAGAUCAAAGAAGGACGAGACCAUCAUCGUCUGAGGAGUCAGACAGGACCUCAGAAAGUAGACCAGGAACCAACCCUGAACAGAUCAGACACCGGCCUUCAGCAGCCUCACUGCAUCCUCCUUCAGACAUGGCCGACCACAUGUUCAUACUGCUGUGUGUCUGAGUGUGUGUUGUCAGGUUACGGUGGGUGUGUUCACUGUGUCUGUUGUGUUUGCGGAUCACUGUGAGGGUGUGUGUGGGUGUGUGGGAUGGGGAACGCAGAGAGUAUGGAAAGCCAGCUGGCUGUGAUCCGUUCCAGAGCAGCCCCAGUUCGGCUUCCGAUGCCUGAUCCAGCUGAGCUCGAGGAGAGGUUCUCCAUAGCACUGAAUUCAAUGAAUCUGCCUCCUGACAAGGUACGUCUGCUGCGCUCCUAUGACAAUGAGAAGAAAUGGGAGCUGAUCUGUGAUCAGGAGAGAUUUCAGGUGAAGAACCCUCCACACACCUAUAUCCAAAAACUGAGAGGCUUUCUUGAUCCAGCUGUAACGCGCAAGAAGUUCAGACGAAGAGUUCAGGAGUCAACUCAAACACUCAGAGAACUUGAGAUUUCUCUUCGAACAAACCACAUUGGGUGGGUGAGAGAGUUUCUAAAUGAGGAGAAUCGAGGUUUGGAUGUGCUGGUCGACUACUUGUCCUUUGCUCAGUAUGCAGUCACGUUUGAUGGUGAGCAGUCAGACACCAGCAGUGAAGUGGCAUCUAUCGAUUCUCCCUGGAGUCGCUCUAUAGAGGAUCUCCAUGGUGACUGUAGCCUCCCAUCCCCAUCCUCAUCUGCUUCACGCUCAGCACGGCACUCCAUCAGCUCAACUUUGGUCACACGCUCAAACACACUACCAAGUCGACGGACUCUGAAGAACUCAAGGCUUGUUUGUAAGAAAGAUGAUGUUCACGUCUGCGUCAUGUGUCUGCGAGCCAUUAUGAACUACCAGUAUGGCUUCAACAUGGUGAUGUCACAUCCUCACGCCGUCAACGAAAUAGCUCUGAGCCUGAACAACAGGAACCCCAGAACCAAGGCUCUGGUUCUGGAGCUGCUGGCAGCAGUUUGUUUAGUCAGAGGAGGACAUGAGAUCAUUUUAUCAGCCUUCGAUAACUUUAAAACGGUGUGUAAGGAGUUGAUGCGUUUUGAAAAACUGAUGGAACACUUUAAGAAUGAAGACGACAACAUAGACUUCAUGGUUGCCUGCAUGCAGUUCAUUAACAUUGUGGUGCACUCAGUGGAGGACAUGAACUUCAGAGUCCAUCUGCAAUAUGACUUCACCAAGCUUAACCUGGAGGAUCACCUGGAGAGAUUAAAGCACACAGAGAGUGACAGACUCCAAGUUCAGAUCCAGGCAUAUUUGGACAAUGUGUUUGAUGUUGGAACACUACUGGAGGAUGCCGAGACAAAAACUGCUGCUCUGGAGAGAGUUGAAGAGCUGGAAGAGAGUCUGAACACAAUGUCAGAGCGUCUGCUGGAUGUGGAGAACGAAGCAAUGCUGAAGAUUGUGGAACUGGAGAAACAGCUAAUGCAGACUAACAAAGAGCUGGACCAACUCCGGGAAGUGUAUGCCAAUGCCAACUCUCAGGUGCACACCUUACGGCGUAUGGUUCGUGAAAAAGACCAGACAAUCCGACGGCAGAGUCGCAUGGAGCGUCAGGCUCAGGAAACCCAACUGGCUGUAGGACCUGGAGCUCCUCAGCCACAACGGGGAGAAGGAGAUGGUGGUGUGGCUGACUCUGCCUCCCCAUCACCCCCACCCUGUCCUAACCUGUCACCCAGUCCUGAAACAGUAGCCUAUCACAGCAUAGGACCAGGAAUGGGUGGAGCUCCAGGCAUGCCAGCUCCACCCCCUCCUCCACCACCACCUCCACCAAUGCCAGGCACAGUAUCAAAUGGACCAUAUCCUGCUCCUCCACCUCCUGCUCCUCCCCCACCUCCUCCUCCUCCCCCACCCUGUCGAACCAGUGAGCUCUCCUCUGGGCCCAUGCCGCCUCCUCCUCCUGUGGCCCCCCCUCUACCAGGGACAGGGGGCUCACCGACAGUCAUCUUUAACUCUGGGCUUGCAGAGGGUCCUCUAAAGCUAUUCUCUGUGAAGAUAAAAAAACCAAUCCAGACCAAAUUCAGGAUGCCAGUGUUGAACUGGGUUGCGCUGAAGCCAAGUCAGAUCAAUGGAACCAUCUUCAAUGACAUUGACGAUGAGUCCAUCCUGCAGAACCUGGACAUGGAGGAGUUUGAAGAGCUGUUUAAAACAAAGGCUCAGGGACCAGCAGUAGACCUCACUCUGGCCAGGCAGAAGCUUCCUCAGAAAGCUCCAUCCAAAGUUUCUCUACUGGAGGCUAACAGAGCCAAAAACCUGGCCAUCACGCUGAGGAAGGCUGGUCAGGCUUCAGAGGUCAUCUGCCGUGCCAUUCACACGUUUGAUCUCCGUACGGUUCCUGUUGACUUUGUUGAGUGUCUUAUGCGUUUCCUGCCAACUGAAGCUGAGGUGAAGUUGCUACGACAAUAUGAGAGGGACAGAAAGCCUCUGGAAGCUCUGAGUGAUGAGGACCGAUUCAUGAUGCAGUUCAGUCGCAUCGAGAGGCUGAGUCAGCGCAUGACUAUCAUGACCUUCAUGGGCAACUUCUCAGACAACAUCCAGAUGUUAACUCCGCAACUUCACGCCAUCAUUGCUGCUUCAGUGUCAAUCAAAUCCUCUCAGAAGCUGAAGAAGAUCCUGGAAAUCAUCUUGGCUCUCGGGAACUACAUGAAUAGCAGCAAGCGAGGCGCUGUGUACGGAUUCAAACUACAGAGUUUGGACCUGCUGCUGGAAACAAAAUCAACAGAUAGGAAGCAAACGUUGCUUCAUUACAUCGCCAACGUGGUGCAAGAUAAAUAUCCAGCCGUGUCUCCAUUUUAUAACGAGCUUCACUACGUCGAUAAAGCUGCUGCAGUAAGCCUGGAGAAUGUGCUGUGUGACGUGAAAGAGCUACAACGUGGCAUGGAGCUCACCUGGAGAGAAUUCAGUGUGUCACACAACGCCACGCUAAAAGAUUUUAUCAGCAGGAAUGAAUCAAGACUCAACAAACUACAAGAAGAUGCACGCAUCGCUCAGGAUGCAUUUGAAGAUGCGGUUAAGUUUUUUGGGGAGAGCUCCAAAACGAUGCCACCAUCAGUUUUCUUUCCCAUCUAUGUUCGUUUCAUCAAAGCUUACAGGGUGGCGGAGGAUGAAAAUGAACAGAAGCGGCGCCAGGAGCAAAUGCUGUUGGAGAAACUGGAGCAAGAGGAGCAGCAGGACCAGGAGCGGGAAGACACCAAGUCUCCAUCACAUAAAGGGAGGAGGCAGCAGCAGGAGCUGAUUACAGAGCUCAGACGACGCCAAGGAAAAGACAGUCGGCAUGUUUACGAAGGGAAGGAUGGCGCCAUUGAAGACAUCAUCACUGCUCUCAAGACGGUUCCCUUCACUGCUCGAUCGGCCAAACGUAGCUCUCGCUUCUUUUGUGACUCUGCCCACUCUGAGGAGCACUACUGAGAAACAUGUGAUCUGACUCGUUCACUCUGUCACUUUGAACAUUUCUGAUUGGUCAACAUGGACUAAUGACGUCACGUUUUGUGUUAUUUUAUUGGUGCAUUUUUUAGACCAGAUAUUCUGCUCCCUCCUCCAGACCUACAGGGUUUGAUUAAAAUAUAAGUUUAAUCAUUUGAGUCCUGUUGAAAAUGGGCCAAUAUGCACAAGGGAGGAACUGAUGCUGAAGAAUUCUACAAACACCAAUCAGCUCUGAGCUAAUUGACAGAUUUCACCAACAAUAUGCAAAGUGGUUAUGAGAUCUUCAUUGGCUUGUCGCCCACAUCACAUGGGUGUCUUCUAAACAUCAUCCUGGACUACUGAGACUCACUGAAAGUUGCUUUUUGAAUGAAAACAAUGACUGGAAAUUCUAAAACUACAAUUUCAGAAGAAAAUUGUAUUUUAAUGAGUUUAGUUUCAGUCUCCUCACAAACCAGGUAGCUCAAACAUGGUGCUAAAACCACAGGGCUGAGGGCUAAUAAUGGCUAACUGUACCAACACCAAAUGCCUCAACAGUAAGUAGGUAACCUGCAGCUAAACCCAAUUUCUGGUUGUGGGUGUGUAGGACUGUGGCUUUGUGGUUUUUCUGGAUUUUUUUCCCCCUCUUUCACUAAAUCUUGUACAGGUUUUUGUUCCUGUAGUUAAAAUGUGUUCUACUGUACAUUCUGGCUU